AUGAACUCUGACUUUAAGAUCACAGAUGCAUUAGCAGCUUCGUUUGCAUUGGAAAUGUAUGAUAUGGUGGAAGCUAUAGAGGAAGAGAUAUUGAAAUAUCAAGGUGACCCAGAUGCUUUGGUGAUCCUCCUGUAUCACAUCGAUAAUUUCACUCCAGAAACUAAACAGCAACUCCUAAUGGCAUCAGCCAAGCAAAUCGCUGCCGUUUCCCAGCUGAGACCAUUUGUUGGUUUGCCAACAUCAAUAUUUAAAAGAGUAAUAAAGAUCGCAAUGAACAGCAUAGCCGAAAUUGAAGACGCCUUCAAUGUUGCUCGCGCCAUUAUCAUUUGGACCGGAGAAAACCAGAAUCGUAACGUGCGUUUAUACUUAUUUUGA